GAGCCGCGCGUGGCCCCGCCCCCGCUCGCACAGAGGCGCAUCGGUGUUGGUGCUGGAGGCCCCGCCCCCCCGUGCCGUGUGCAAAACCAAACAGCCGUUAGGGAGGAGGUGCCAGGGGCGGGGCCUGGUUAGAAGAGGCUGCUCGAUUGGGCAGCCUCUGGGGUUCAAACCAGCAAGGCGAACGAGGAUUGGCCGGGGCGGCCCGAAGCGGGCCCCGGUUAUUGUCCGGGCUUCGGCGGCGGCGGCGGCAGCGGCGGCGGCUGCGGUCGGUGCUCCGGGGCGGCGGCUCGGCGGCGGCUCGGCGGGAGCAAGGGCGGGUGCGGCCGAGACCAUGGCUGGAGGCAAAGCUGGAAAGGACAGUGGGAAGGCCAAGGCUAAGGCCGUGUCUCGCUCCCAGAGAGCCGGGCUACAGUUUCCCGUGGGCCGCAUCCACAGACAUCUGAAGACUCGAACUACGAGCCACGGAAGGGUCGGUGCCACGGCUGCCGUGUACAGUGCCGCGAUCCUGGAGUACCUCACUGCGGAGGUGCUGGAGCUGGCGGGCAACGCCUCCAAGGAUCUCAAGGUAAAGCGGAUCACUCCGCGCCACUUGCAGCUGGCGAUCCGUGGGGAUGAGGAGUUGGACUCGCUUAUCAAGGCCACCAUCGCCGGGGGCGGUGUGAUCCCGCACAUCCACAAGUCUCUGAUUGGCAAGAAGGGACAGCAGAAGACCGCUUAGAGCAUGGUUUUAACCAACCCCUUCCUCCCCGUCAUCGUACUGUAACCGGGUCGAAGAAAGAACGGGGCCGUGUGGAGGUUUUCGGAGAGGCGGGUGGAAAAGCAUAGACAGUUAUUGUAGACGCGAUGAGAGACCUGUGUGUGUCCCAAGGCUCCAGUUUGACAAAGCCCCUUUCCACGUGGCAGCACCUGGGUGUUGAUUGGCUGGGUUUCUCCCGUGUGUUUUAUACAAAAAUGGAAUCGAUAAACCAUUUUUUACAAAAAUAA